GCUUUCUCCACAAUGUGGAAACCAGUUGAUCUUCCCUUCCAGAACUCCGAGCCUCUGCCUCCACUACCUACAACAGAUGAAAUCCGCGCUUGCACCAAUGUUCUCUGGGAGACCACGGCGUCCAAGGUCGUGACAAUCAACGACAAUAUUGUCGUGAAAUAUGGAGGUUGUAUCAAUACCUGUGAAGGCCAGGCGUUGAUUUAUCUUGAACGCCAUGUCCCCGAAGUUCCAGCCCCUCGACUGUACACGAUGUACUAUGAGGGCAAACAACUUUUCUUGAUCAUGCAACGCAUUCCCGGUGUGCAACUGGAUACCAUCUGGUCAGUAUUAACCCCAUCCGAGAAGGAUGGCAUUAUAGCAAAACUCCAAUCAAUAUUCAACACCUUACGACACGUCGAGUGCCCAUGGCCCGACUUUUACGGUGGCUUGGACGGCGGCGGCGUACAUCACUACCUAUUCUACAGCCAGCACGGCAAUCAGAAGUUUCUAGGGCCUUUCACUGGUGAACCUGCCUUCAUCGCUGGCCUGGUGGGUAAUUAUAGGGCUUUAGUCGAACGCAACAAUCAUCCCGACUACAAGGCUCGCUUUUACGAGAAAUAUCUCGCUCGCGUUCUUCAAGGUCACCGGCCUACAUUGACGCAUGGAGAUGUUCAGCAGAAGAAUAUCAUGGUUGUGGAGAAUAAAAGUUGCUCAAACGAGCAAGGUGAGCGUUCGUUUGACGUUGUGCUGGUUGACUGGGAGAAUGCUGGUUGGUUUCCUGACUUUUGGGAGUUCUUUUGUGCAUCGCACCCCUUCAUUUUCGAGUGGGAUGAAGACUGGUCAUGGCGAGUUCAGGACUUUGUGGAAGUGUGGCCUGCUGAGGUUGCUAUUAUGCAAUUGAUUGAUAGGGAUUUAGGCUGGUGAG